AUGUCCACUCGCCCUUUCACACGUAGCCGAGCCAGAACGCUUUUCGCAUCCACAUCCGAUAUCGACAUCGCCAUCUUCCUCUCGCAAGGUCCGCCAUCGUCGAACACGCGCAGCAAACGUAAGCGCACGGACUCCGACACCACACCAACCACCUCCACUCGCGGACGAAAGGCUCCAAGACGGACCAUGCCCGAAACGACACCAGCAUCGAGUCUCGCAUCAACCUCAUCUCCUAUACCGCCGCCACGGUCAAGGAGAACAAAGAACAAGCGAUCGUCGAAGGUGUCGGGGCCAUCUGGCACGCAGUCGCGAUCGUCUGUGCCUGUGCCAACCGCUUCGAAACGGACACGGCGACCCAAGCAACCAUUGUCCGAAAAGGCCCCCGCCAGAGGCUCGAGAACAAUGGUGCCCGUGUCACCGCUCGCAUUAACCCGGCAGCCGACUGCCGAUCAUAUAAAUACAGCGUCACCUCUCGUACGAGCCCCCGUUUCCUCCGCUCUCCACCUUGCUUCCGCUCCGUCAUCAUCUAUCCUCUCUUCUGUCCCUCCAUCCCCCCGCAUUUUCGAGUGCACAAUGCAGUCCACGUCCUCACUCUCACACGCGUCACUCCACGUGCCGCCCGCUCUCCAAGCCGCAUUGAAACCAUUCCCAUCCUUCUACGGCUCCCCAUCCGACCCUCCCGACUACCUCCCCAUCCCAAGCCCGACCGACUCGCCCUCCAAUUCCUACCCUCCAACUCCCAUCAUCAACCAUCCCGACCUUCCAUCCGAAUCUUGCCCACCCUCACCCACCGGCACCGAAAUCAUCGACCAUCCCGAAUCGGUACCCCAACCCGACUACGUUCCGCUCACACCUGACGAACUCACAGAACGCGAAGGUAUCAAGGUCCGCGACUUCCUGUUCGAGCCUCACCCGAACAAAUUGAAGGCGAGGGAUGGGUGGAACGCGAUGCACGCGUUGAUGGUGCAUGAUCACCAUCUUCGCAAUCCGAGCAAGUUCCAGAGGUUGGAGAAGUGGGAGAAGAAGGGAAAGGGUCGGCGCAAACAAACUAAGAAGGAGAACGAACGGGAGGUCGGUGAUGGUGAGGAAGAGGAGGAGGAUGUGGAGGGCGAGGAUGGCGCCGACGAGAGGACUCGGGGAGCGGAGUUGGGGACGCCGAGGGAUCUGUGGCGGUUGUGCACGAUGGGGUGGUUGAACAAGGAGGAGAUGAUCGCGAGGGGAUGGUGGGACCCUCAAACGGUCGCGGAGGUUGACGCGUACGAGGCUUGGUACGCAUCCAACACCUACUUUAACGGCGAGCCACCUCGAUGGGUAUGUUACCCUCCCGUCGAGAACAACGAGUGCCCCAGCCCCGCGGAGAGGAUCCGACUGCGACGAGCACUCUACCAGUUCACGCCCUGUCUCCCCGCCGGCGCCGUCUCCUCGAGCCCACGACGCCUCGGGCGUAGUGACAGGUUCGAGGCAUCGCAGAGAGACGAGAUCUCGGAUGCGGAAAUUUUUGGGCUCGAGGUGGAGGAGACGCGUCCGGAGUCGCUGUCGCAGGAGGAGAGGGAAGCGAAGAGGAAGCAGAUGGGGAUCAGCGCGGGUCCCAAGCCGUUGCAGAGGACGAGUUCGACCGUGAGGGCUGGUGGGCACAAGAUCCAGUGAGGAUGGGCUUUUAUGUGGAUGGCGUAUGCGGGCGAGUUCUGCUGCUGGAGGUGUGUUUCCUUUGUCCCUUUGUGAGCCUUUUGCGUCUUUGGGAGGAUGGUGGCUCGUCGGUGGUAGUUCUGUCGGUUUGUUUUGUCGUUUCGUUGGCUUGUUGAAGGGGAUCUAGCGGUCUAUGAUCUGAUCUGUCUGCAUUUCUCGAUGUCCGUUGUGCUCCAGAGGGAGAAAGCCCUUUCUCAUCCCGUCUAUCGUCUCGUGGACUCUGUACAUCUCUAAUCUACGUCUCUAUCGCUAUACCGAACCAUCGCAUUGUCUGUACAUACAUACACGUUUCCGAGCUUCGUCAUUGCUUUUCUGCCUCUGCCUCUGUCUAUUCUAUCUAUCUAUCGGUCCUGG